GGGAGGAGAGGACGGGAGGAAGGAGGGAGGCGGACGCUGGCCCCAGCGGCCGCGGGGACCGACCGGGCGCUGCGCUCAACUUCCACUUCUCCUUUCGCCGGCGCCGAAAUCCCGGCGCCACUUGCCGGGUCCGGCUUCUCAAGGGAGAAGGCGGGCUGGCAGGGCUGGGGACCCGCGCGGCUCGGCCCCCAGAGCGGGGAGGGGAUUGCAAGGCGAUCGAUCGAUCACAGCUUGGCGACCGAGCCCAUUUCUCCACAGGUCAUUCCUGCGGUUGGCCCAGCCCAGCAUGCAGCCUUGAACCUGGCUUAGACCACCACCUACUCCAGCUCUCUACAUCCACUGUUCUCCUGUGGCUUGGGGUGUAGGCUCUAUCUCUGAGGUCCCUGAGCAGCAUCUCUUCAUCAAGAAAAUCCCACAGCUCCAGAGGGCCCUGUGAAUCCUGCUGUCAGCUCUGAGAAUACGGCAUGGCUAUUACCCUCCAGCCCAGUGACCUGAUCUUUGAGUUUGCAAGCAACGGGAUGGAUGAUAUACACCAGCUGGAAGACCCCUCAGUAUUCCCAGCUGUGAUUGUGGAGCAGGUACCCUACCCUGAAUUACUGCAUCUGUAUUCAGGCCUGGAGCUGGACGACGCUCACAAUGGCAUCAUAACGGACAGGACCUUGUGCAUGACAGAGGAUCAGGUCCUGGAGGGUAGUUUUAUGCUGGCAGAUGAAAAUGAAGCAACCUCACAAACCAUGCCAACCACCGAAGUCUUGCUCAACGUUGAGUCUCCCAACAACAUCCUGGAUGAGAAGCAGAUCUUCAGCACCUCCGAGAUCCUUCCAGACCCAGACACUGCUCCAGCUACCAAUCUACCCAACUACCUGUUUCCUGUCUCUGAGCCCAAUGCCCUGAACAGGGCUGAUGACACUGGUGACCAGGAGGGGCAUUCUCUGGAGGACACGGUCCCCAGAGAGGAAAGUGCCAAGAAGGCUGGAAAAUCAAAGAAGAGAAUCCGGAAGACAAAGGGCAACCGCAGUACCUCACCUGUCACUGACCCCAGUGUCCCCAUACGGAAAAAAUCUAAGGAUGGCAAAGGCAACACCAUCUAUCUGUGGGAGUUCCUCCUGGCACUUCUGCAAGACAGGAACACCUGCCCCAAGUACAUCAAGUGGACCCAGCGAGAGAAAGGCAUCUUCAAGCUGGUGGACUCCAAAGCUGUGUCCAAGCUGUGGGGGAAGCAGAAAAACAAGCCUGACAUGAACUAUGAGACUAUGGGAAGGGCGCUAAGAUAUUACUACCAGAGGGGCAUCCUUGCCAAAGUGGAAGGGCAGAGGCUGGUGUACCAGUUUAAAGAGAUGCCCAAGGACCUAGUGGUGAUCGACGAUGAGGAUGAGAAAAGUGAAGUGGCAGAGGCAUCCCCUAAGGCCUCUGCCUCCUCCACCAGCACUGCCCGGCGAGCCAGCUCCAGGGUCUCAUCCAGAGCCACUCCCCAGAGCAAGGGCAGCCCUCCCUGGGAAAAGCCAAAGGUUCAGCAGGUCGGUCUCCAGCCAUCAGCAAGUCUGGAAUUGGGAAUGUCUCUAGAUGAGGAGAUCCCUACUACCUCCACUGUGCUUGUCUCUCCACCAGAGGGCCAGGCCAAACUCACCAAAGCUGCAAGUGCGUCUUCAGUGCCCAGCAACAUCCAUCUAGGAGUGGCCCCUGUGGGGUCAGCCUCUGCCUUGACCCUGCAGACGAUCCCCCUGACCACAGUGCUAACCAAUGGCCCUCCUGCUAGUACUACUGCUUCAACUCAGCUCGUUCUCCAGAGUGUCCCGCCGGCUUCGACCUUCAAGGACACCUUCACUUUGCAGGCCUCCUUCCCCGUGAACACCAGUUUCCAAGAGAGCCAGGUGGCAGCACCAGGAACUCCACUGAUUCUCAGUGGCCUCCCCCAGCUUCUCACUGGGGCCAACCGUUCGACCAAUCCAACCACACCCUCCAUGACAGGUGCUGGAGCGGCGGGGCCCAGCUCUCAGCCCCCUGGGACUGUCAUUGCUGCCUUCAUCAGGACUUCCGGUUCCACAGCAGCCCCUGGGGUCAAGGAUGGGCCACUGAGAUCCUCCUCUUAUGUGCAGGGUGUGGUGACUGGGGCCCCCGUGGAGGGGCUACUGGUUCCCGAAGAGACCCUGAGGGAGCUUCUGAGAGAUCAAGCUCACCUUCAGCCACUUCCAACCCACGUGGUUUCCAGGGGCUCCCACAACCCGAGUCUUCUGGGAAACCAGACUUUGUCUCCUCCCAGCUGCCCCACUGUUGGGCUGACCCCGGUGGCUGAACUUGAGCUCUCCUCAGGCUCAGGGUCCCUGGUUAUGGCUGAGCCUAGUGUGACCACAUCUGGGAGCCUACUGACUAGGUCCUCAACCCCAGCCUCCUUCUCUCCAUUCAACCCCACUUCCCUCAUUAAGAUGGAGCCCCAUAACAUAUAGAUAGAGGGGUCAGGGAAGUAUGACCUACCAGGCAAAGCUGAGCAUCAUUUUCAUGUGGAUUGACUCUAGCAGAGUCUGACUUAAGUAGCUCACCAGCCCUUACAUUUUAGUGGAAUGUCAAUACACCCAAUUCCCCCAACGCCCAUCCCUGCCUGAUGUCACCAUGGUCAAGCCUUGCCCAGUUUGAGCAUCCCUGGCAUCGGGCCAUGGCCUUCAAGAGCACUAGGGGGUAUGCUCUUGUCAGGGCAAUGGGCUGAUGUGGCGAUGAAGGGAUAAGCUCCUGAGAAGUUGGUGGCCAGGGCAGGUGCAGGGGCUUUGUGGGAAGAGCCAUUUUUGCCUGGGUGUAUUUCACUAUAUGUUCCCUCAGCAGGGAAGUUACUAUUUCACAUGUGAAUAUUUCGUUAUGUAUUUGUGUGUACUCAUGGGUCUGUAUCUCCCUUUCUUUGCAGACGACAAAGGGACACUGUGAGGUUUCUAAGAACAUGUGUCUCUGUGGGUCAGCCACAGAGAUGAGGAUUUGUUUUAAGGAAAAGUGUUCUCUAGUUCCCUUUGUACAAACCAAGGUUCAGUUGUUCUGAGACUCUGGGGUACAGGUUGGAUCCCCAGAUCUGGAGAGAUGUCACAGAGCUGGAGCAGGUCCUGGGUAGAAGUGCUUCAAUUGUUGUGUGUGAGUGUUGAAGUAACUACAGUUCUAAGGGACAGGAGAAAGCCGAGUGCGAUAAAAGCAUGAAGAGAGGAGAGGGAACUGAGCCCUGGGGAGCAGCCCUCCAGCCUAGACUGAGAUUUCUUUCUGGCGUUGGCUUCAUUGCCUGCCAGUCACUUGACAGCAUGUUUGGAACCUUGACUGCUGCAGAAGGCUGUGAUUGAAGAGUUAGACAGGGGCUGAGUGUCCCUCUAGGGGUAGACCUAGCCACCAAGUCCCCAGGCAGGGCUGAGUUCAUUGAAUGUUUGCACUGAGGGCUUGGGGCUGUGAGACCAAUGUUUGCGUCUGGCCCACACCCUGAAUCCUGAGUUCUCUGUUGAUUAAUGUUGCUCCUCAUAGUUUCCUGCAGUCAGGAAUUGCUGGGGAUGGUUGAUUAGCAAUGCAGAUCGGAUCUGCCUCCAUUACUGCUCAUGCGUGCCUGCCGCUCAGCCAGCCUUUUACUUACCUCAUAAGUUUGCCAACCCACUCGCCCCUUCCAUGGCUACAGCAGACAUUCACGUAGACUGUUACCCCUCUUGAACUUUCGCACCUGACCCUGAUUCCUUCUUCACCAAGGAGACAGGAGCCAGCAGAUGUGAGCUCCCACGGCACUUCUGUCUCCACAUGGCUUCUUGCUUCCCUCUUCCCUCUUUCUAAGGAAGGGCCAACUGAUUCUCUCUUAAAGUCAACUCCUCCACCUAGGGCCUGGAUCUCCUCCCCUCUCCCUUCUUUGAAAUAAGCUUGCUCCUCUCCUGCCAAGUGUGGGGGGCAAAGCUAAGAGCUAAAACAUGUCAGCCUUGGAAACAGUUACGGUAUCUGGUGAAUUUGGUUAAUGUGAAUCAGUGCCUCAGGACCUUUGCUAUGUCCGUGGUGAAAAACCAUCCACUUGAUCUACCUCCCCAGGUUGCUUUUCCCUUCUUUCAGUCACUGCCAAGCCUGUUAUCAUCCUCUCCCACUCUCUUGUUUUUCCCUCGGCGGGGGGACCAUAUACAGUUGUGCAGGUGUAUUUAUUACAUGUCUCCAGCACUUGGCAUUAAAGUGUCUUUUUCUAAUAAAUCAGUUUAUUAAGACAGUUAUCCUGAUGGUAGAAAGUAAAGCAUCUUGAGAAAGUUACCUUUGAUUUUUCUUUCUUUUUUUUUUUUCCUUUGGUAUAAAGAUGCUGCAUGGGUCAGGGGUGGCCCUGUCCCCCUCACCCCAACUCCACAUAACUCAUCACCUGAAGGUCACUGACAUCUUCGUGGUAACAUCAAAUGGCUUCAAAGUUCUUGGCCCCUAUGAACCCUCACAGCAUGUGACACUACUUCCUGACACUUCCUGCACUAGCUGGGCUUAACUGCACCUUCUGUCACCUGCUCUCUGUGUCGUGCUGGCUCCGGAUCUACCACGUUCAGUGCGGGUAUAACCCAAGGGUCUCAUCCAUUCUCUUGGGUCUGGCUCAGCUCUUUGGGGAUGAGUCUGAAAUCUAGGGCUCCAGCCCCCCAGUUUUCUCCUCAGCUUCAGGGUCACAUGUCCAGGGGUCUGCUGGACAUUUCCACCUAGAUGCCUGCCAGGCCCUCAACGAUGGCCCCUCUCCCAAAAGUUGAUGUUGAAAGUUUACACACACACACACACACACACACACACACACACCCUUUCCAAGGGAAAAAAAAAAGCUGUCAUGACUUGUCUAUUUUUAUUAACAGUGCCGCUAUUUUCCUGACCUUCUAAGCUUGACAUUUCAGAACCAUCUGAUGGCUGCCUUCACUUGACCCAUCUCCUGAAGCCCAGUGCCAUUUGCCAUGUCUCUCAAGUCUAGCUUCCCUUCCAAAUUCCCAGAGCCUCAAACUAUGCAGAGCUUAUCCUGCUCCCAGACACAUCCAGAGCCCCCCCUGUGACCUGUCUUAUUCCCUCUGCCAGGGCACCAGUUCUGGUCUGGUAAAAAGCCUUCAGAGGCUCCUCAUUGCUUAGGUAGAGAUGAUACUCAAUAUAACCUCCAGGCAGCUGGGCACUAACCAUUUAUUUGCUGAAUCAUGAGGCAGUCUGGGAGUCCUCCAGGAGGGGUGAGGGGGCCACUUUGAGGUUCAGGGCAGUAGUUUCAAAAUUAUGUUGGGUUUAGCCUCAGCCCUGUCUUCAGACAAGUUCCCAAGUCCUUGACCUUUCAGCAAGGUCCUUUGCCAUCGGGUCCCAUUGGACUUCCCCAGUCAUCUCUCACAUUGCUUCCCCACCCCCAAUGUAUUGCUCCAGCCAAACCAAUGCACUCACUGGCCUUCGAACAAACCUCUGUUUAAGUCUCCCACUUCUGUGUUCUUGCUUUACCUGGUUCUGCUCAACUAGAAUGUUCCUCCCACCCCACUAGUACCAACUGCAUACUAUCUAUCCUUCAAGACUCCGUUGGUGGAAGCUGCCUUUCCCAGAGUUCUUUAUUUGAAACUUGGAGCUACUGCCACUCUUUUGGCAAAUCAGCACAAACAGCCUGUGACAUCUCUGUUAUAAUCAAAAAUUAUUACUUAAAUCUUCAAUGACCUGGACUUACUUAGUCUCCCCCAGUUAGUGUGUUACUUUCCAAGGGGCAGGGGAUUGUGUCACCCACAGAGCAGGGCACACUACGUAUGAAGCAUCUAGUGAACAUCAGCAAACGGUUACUGAUUGAGCUGGUGAGUGAUGGGGACCAAACUUUGAGGUAGGUGAUGCCGACCUUCCCUUUGCACAGGCACUCACCCCAGGUGCUCCACUGCCCAGGGUCUGAACUCCCUGGCUCAGUGCCCUCAUGUCUCUCCCCUCACCCCCACCACGCCCAGCCCCUACGCCCAAGAGUUGUUAUUACUUUGAACGUACUCUACCCCUAAAGAAACUUCCCUGUCCAGUUUCUUUCCUAACUCAAAGUGUUAAAUUAGCUGAUACGAUAAACUAACCAGUGCUGAUAUACUUAUGGGAGAAAGCUAGAGGAGAACCUCAGGAGACAAGUUUCUUUUAACCAGGAUUGUGUGGCAACAACAUCCCUGCCUUUGUGAUGGCUUAAUGGAGUCAAGAGACUUGCUCCUCAGCCUCAGCAGCUGAUGUCUUUCUUACUGCCUCUUCUGGGCUCCCACAGCACUUGGUGUAUACCUCUUACUGUAGCACUUACCACAUGGUAGGUCCUUAGUUACAUGUUUAUAUGUUUCCCUUCCAAUAGACUGUGAGCUCCUCAAGGACAGGGACUGUGUGUUAGUCACUGAUGUAUCCCCAGCGCCUAGCACAGUGCCUGCCACACAGUAGGUGCUCAAUAAAUGUUUGCUGAAAGAG